UUGGAAAGCUGUAGAUGCGAGUCAAUGGAGAAUAACAUCAACAUCCUAGAAAAGAAUUUUGAAGAACAUGGUUGUGAUUGGAUCAGUGAAUUACCUGAUUCGUUGCUUCUUCACAUCCUAUCUUUCCUUCACAUGGAGGAUGUGCUUAGGACAAGCUUCUUGUCGAGAAGAUGGAGAUAUGUAUGGACAUCCAUCAUUACGAUGGAUUUCAACUUCGGACCCUCUCAUGAGAGGAUCUUGAGAACUAUCGAAUACAGUACCACCUUUAUCAAUAAAUCAAUAUCUCUUCAUACUGGCUCGAAGGUUCGGUAUUUUCGUGUCCAUUUCGAUUCUCUAGAACUAGACCACUAUCCUCUGCAAGUUAGUCCAUGGAUCCAUUUUGCAGUUGACCAUAAUGUGGAGGAACUUGAUUUGGCCUUUGCUGGCGAAGGUAAUACAUUUGUAGAGGUUGAGGAUUAUGAUGAACGUAAGUUGACUCCGUUUAUGUUUAACUGUAGAUUGUUAAGGACGCUAUCAUUGACAUAUGUUGCUCUCGACCCACCUGCUUCCACGAGUUUUAGCUCUCUCAAAACUCUCCAUCUCGCACGGAUUAUAUUGUCUGCUAACAAGAUAAAAAAUUUGACUUCCAAUUGUCCACUCUUGGAAGACAUUGUUGUCAAAGACUGCAGCUCUGCACAGAAUCUCGACAUCUUUGUUGAAAAUCGGCAGCUUCAUAGCUUAACUGUUAUAGACUCUGACGUUUAUCAUUUUUAUGAUGAUCAUGAUUAUGAUGACCUUUACAUUGCUUUUGGAAAUGGUUUGGAUGAUAUGGGAUAUAUGACUACUUAG